UUUUUCUUAAAUUAUACAUUACAGUGUUGCUUAUUGUUGUCGAUGAUGCCACCGGAGAUUGUUGGAGAAAAUAUGGAAGCUGAGAAAUUAUAUGAUACUGUUAAUGUAAUACUUUCUUUGCAGAGUAAAAACGGUGGUGAAGCAGCUUGGGAGCCCGCUAGAUCACCAGCAUGGUUGGAAAUGUUAAAUCCUCUGGAAUUUCUUGAAGAAAUUGUUAUCGAGCAUGAGUAUGUGGAAUGCACUUCUACUGCAAUCCAAGCUUUAGUACUAUUCAAGAAGCUAUAUCCAGGGCAUAGGGAACAAGAAAUUAAGAUGUUCAUAAAAGGAGCUGUUCAAUAUCUGGAAAACAAACAAAGACAUGAUGGUUCAUGGUAUGGCAAUUGGGGAAUUUGUUUCACAUAUGCUUCGUGGUUUGCCCUUGGAGGACUAGCCGCAGUUGGUAAAACUUACAACAACAGUCCAACUAUGCGCAAGGGAGUUGAAUUCCUACUCAAAAAACAAACAGUUGAUGGCGGUUGGGGAGAGAGCUACCUUUCAUGCCCUAAAAAGGAAUAUGUAGCAUUUCCAGAAAAUAGAUCAAACUUAGUACAAACUUCGUGGGCUAUGAUGGCAUUGAUUCAUGCUGGACAAGCAAAAAGAGACCCAACACCUCUUCAUCGAGCUGCGAAGCUCAUUAUCAAUUCUCAGAUGGAAAAUGGUGAUUUUCCAGAACAGGACUUAGUUGGAGUUUUCAAGAUGAAUUGUGCACUACAUUAUCCAUUAUACAAAAACAUUUUUCCAUUAUGGGCGCUUGCAGAGUAUCGCAAUCGAGUUCUAUUGCCAUAAACAAAGAACAAGUAAAAGAUUGAAGCACUUAAUCAAUAAUUAAUGUGUGGUUAAAACUAAUAAAAAGAGUUGUGAGGUAAUAAAGCUCCAGCUUGGUGUGUACGUAGUUAUGAUUUAUGCUUAAGUAUAAGACAUUAUUAUGAGUACAAAUUAAUAAUAGACUUCAUAAUAAUAUCCAUUAUAAGAAGUCUUAAGCUUGAUGUUCACUUUCUCUAUUUGAAUAAUUUGAGGAAAAUGUUAAUUAUAUAUGCCUAUUAUUAUGAAAUAAAGAUUGCUCUCAUAUUAUUGGUA